AAACAACUGUAUAUUUUCAUGGUGAUUCGAAUUCUAAUUCCUUACCUAUUGGAGUCGGAUCUCACCUUAUUCCUUUUUUCCUUGUAUAUAAAUAUAUAAUAAUAAUAAUAAAAACUUAAUUCCAUUAAAUUUCAUUUACACACACACACACACAUAUAUAAUUCAAACAACUGUUUUUGCUGUUUGAUUUUCAUUUUAUAGAUAUGGAAGAUGAAUAUGCAAAACUUAUCAGGCGGAUGAAUCCACCCAGGGUUACCAUUGAUAAUGAUUCUUCCCCAGAUGCAACAGUAAUUCAGGUUGAAAGUGUUAACAAGCAUGGUAUUCUGCUUGAAGUGGUCCAAGUUCUUGCGGAUUUAGACCUCGUUAUUACGAAAGCGUAUAUCUCAUCCGAUGGAGGGUGGUUCAUGGAUGUGUUCAGUGUCUGUAACCGUGACGGAGGCAAAGUUAUAGAUGAAAGGGUCGUCAGUUAUAUAAAAAGGGUGCUUGAAAGCGACACAUUUUAUCUCCCAUCACUGAGUGGUUCAGUUGGAUUGAAGCCAUCUGAAGAUUAUACAGCAAUUGAACUAGUUGGAACAGAUAGACCUGGAUUACUAUCCGAAGUAUCUGCAGUUCUAACGGACCUUGGUUGUAAUGUUGUCAAUGCGGAAAUAUGGACUCACAAUGCUAGAGCUGCAGCUGUGGUACAUGUUACAGAUGAAAAAACAAGAGGCGCAGUUGAAGACCCAAAGAGGCUCUCAACUAUUAAAAAACUGCUUUGUAAUAUUCUCAAGGGAAACAAUGACUUGAAGACUGCAAAAAUGACCCUUUCAACCCCUGGUUUCACCCACAGACAGAGAAGAUUGCAUCAAAUUAUGUUUGCUGAGCGGGACUAUGAAAAUGCAGAACAAGGUGAAAAAGAAAAUAGAUCAAGGCCGCAUGUUACUGUUUCAGAUUGUGUUGAGAAGGAUUACACGGUUAUUACUAUGCGGUGUAGGGAUCGACCAAAGCUGCUGUUUGAUAUAAUUUGCACUCUAACUGAUAUGCAAUAUGUAGUCUUCCAUGGAGUUGUCCACACAAAGAAUAUGGAGGCUUUUCAGGAAUAUUACAUUCGACAUGUUGAUGGGAGUCCAGUAAGCUCAGAGGCUGAGCGAGAGCGUGUUAUGCAAUGUCUUGAAGCUGCAAUUGAGAGGAGGACAUCUGAGGCGUUAGAGCUUGAAUUGUGCACCGCAGAUCGUGUUGGACUUCUUUCUGAUAUAACCAGGAUCUUUAGAGAAAAUAGUUUAAGUAUAAAAAGAGCAGAAAUUUCCACCGAAGGUGGAAAAGUCAAGGACAAGUUCUAUGUUACAGACAUGACCGGUAAUAGCCCUGUGGACCCGAAGACCAUAGAGUCUAUUCAAAGACAAAUUGGGAAACACACUGCGCUGCAUGUCAGAUGGAACUCUAGUCAUUCACCAGAGCCGCCCCCUGAAGAAACAACAAUGAGCUUUCUUUUUGGAAAUUUGUUCAAAGGUCGAUCAUUCCAAACUUUUAAAUUGGUUGGAUCAUUCUACUGAUAUCGUCGUAUGUAUAUAUGGUUGAAGAAAAUGGAACCAGUAGUGGAUUUUAGUAUCUCCAGUUGAUACGGAAGGUAGAAAACAUAGAUACAAAAGGGGGGCAGAAGAUACUGUAAAUAGACAGUCAGAUAAACGGUCUUCCUUCCCUCAAGUGUAGGUAUUGCCAUUGUAAAUAAUAUGGUAUAGGCUUGGUCAUCAUUGUCUAUAGCUAAUUUUCUAGGUACAGUUUGAUGUUAAUAUGUGCAUACACAUGAUGCAAAUUAUCCACAUAUACAUUACAAGUUUAUGUGAAUAUAUAAUAUUUUACUA